AUGCAAGAUGUUUUUGAGAUGACUGAUUUAGGAUUGAUGACCUACUUUCUUCGAAUGGAAGUAAAACAAAAUGAACAUGGCAUCCUCAUAAGCCAACAUGCUUUUGCUUCAAAAAUUUUAAGCAAGCUUUGCAUGUCAAACAGCAAACCUGCUAGCACUCCUGUAGCACAAGGAGAAAAACUCUCCACCAAUAGUGACCACAAACUAGUGGAUGAGAAGAGCUAUAGAAGUCUAGUUGGUUGCCUGUUCUAUUUGAUAGCAAUGAGGCCAGAUAUUGUGUUCAUGUAUUGCUACAAUGUUGCUCAUUUCAAAGCUGCUAAAAGAGUCUUAAGGUAUGUCAACGGGACCUUAAGAUAUGGAGUGAAGUUUGUGAAGGCUAAGGAGCUGAAACUGGUUGGCUAUUCAGAUAGUGCCUGGGCAGCUGCUGCUGUUAAUCAAGCCAUUUGGCUUAGGAAGCUUUUGAGUGACCUGAAUGUUGAUCAAGAGGAAGCAACAGAGAUCAAAAUGGAUAACCAAUCAACUGUUGCUAUUGCCAAGAAUCCUGCUUUGCCAAUAUUUGAUGUGGGUAAAGAAAAUGGAAGUGGAAUCAAGGAACUGGGAUGUUUAGUCGAACUUGGAGAUGAACUGGUCAUAUAUAAUCUUCAGAAUGUUAGGAACAUAGAAGAAGCUAGGGCAGCAAAACUGUGGGAGAAGAAAAAAUUACAAAAAAAUUGGAAUAUAGAUGGGAAUUUCCAAGGGAAGUAUUAG